AUGAGUCCUAGAAUUUCAUUUUCCCAUGAUUUUUGCCAAUCCGAUGUACUUGUACUUGUUGAAAGCCGUCAUCAUCUUCGAUCAAACUCCUCGGGUUUGAGUUCGAGCAUCGAUUUCGACUUUUGUGUUCAUCGUGAGAGUUUCGAUCAAGAAUCUUCUGCUGUGGACGAGCUUUUCUCCUAUGGGAAAAUUCUUCCCACUGAAAUCAAGAAAAAGGUCACUCCCAUUAAGCGAAGGGAUCAGUUUGGUUCUCGUCCUCCAUUUUCCACCACCAUGAGGCAUGAGCUAUGUGUGACAUUUCAAAGCAAGAGCGCCAUGGAAAGCAAGGGUGUAGGUACUGAAGUGGAUCAUGAUCAGAAGCAGAGCUCCAAGUCCUUUUGGCAUUUAAUUUAUGCGGAGUAG